AAUUUUAAAAGUGAAAAACUUUUGACUUUAAUAUUUAUUGUGCAUCAACAACAACAAAUACAGCGUUAAUUUUGUGACGAAUAAAUUAGAACAAGAAAACAACAAUUAUUAGGACAUCAUGGAGAAAAAUGUAGACAGCAAUUAUCCAGAGGGCUUGUCGAGUGAGUUUCUGAAUAAAAUUAAGAACAUCCAGAAGAAUGCCACAAAACAGACAUUAAUGACCCACAGCAUGUAUGAUGGCAUAUGGUUGGACUCACUGCAGUGCAUGGAUGGCCAUGGUGUGUACACCUAUCCCGAUGGCAGUGAAUAUCGUGGCUACUUUCGCAGGGGACAUUUUCAUGGUUACGGCACUUUACACUUGGUUGAUCCUUACAAUUUUACCUUUAAGGGGACCUUUAUUGAUGGCCAUCUAAAUGAAAUCGAUGAGAUGUGGUUUGAUGAUGGUCUUUGUGUAAGUGCUGAUAUUGAUGGCUGGUCUAUGGAUUUUAGUUCUUGGAAAUAUUGCUCUAAAGAAGAUCGUCGCUAUGCUGAGGAACAGCGUGAAGGUCUGCAGCCAAUAGGACCCUUCUCUAGGCUCACACCACAACAGCCCCCACGUAAUUUGUAUGGAAAUCAUUACGAUACCGAGGAGGGCAUAUACAAUCCUACUAGUGGUUUAUUAACGCAACGACCUGCCCCCUUUCCCAGUAUACAUUUUGUGGCCUGUAGGAAAGACAUUGAGUGGAUUCUGAACAAUUGCCGUCAUGGUCCUUUGGCGAAUAGGAAAGUUGAUGCCGAAGUAUGGCAUAAAAUUAUACGUAACAAUCUUAAUAGUGAAAUUGAAAUGGCUGAACAUGUACCCAGUUGCAAUUAUGAUCAAGAUAAAAAUCGUAAGCUUUAUUUUGCCAAAUUAUGCCAAAAGUCUAAUGUAGGCCAGUUGUCAAAAGAUGUUGAGGACUCUGAAGAUUCAGUGGGCAGUCGUUUGCGUAAUAGUUCUUCAACCUGCAGUAGUUUUUCAACCACUUCCAUGGAUGUCGACGUACAAGAAGUCUUGUUUCUGGCAGAUGAAUAUGAUCAUUAUAAAUUGGGACGAAAUAUGAGUCAGGAGACCUCAGUGAUGGUAAAGGAUCGUGUUGCAACCAAAAUCUAA